AUGGAAGAAUUCAAAGACUGCUUAGAGGACCUUGAGGUACAGGAUCAUCCUUUUGUUGGGCCUCUCUUUACAUGGUCUAACAAGCAAGAUGAUUCCUAUCUUGCCAGGAAGUUGGACAGGAUUCUCACCAACUCUCAGUGGCUUCUGGAUUUUCCAGAUUCGUAUGUUGAGUUCAAGGCCCCUGGUGUUUCAGACCAUUGUCCUGGGUUAAUCUGGACUCAAAAUGAGGCACAAAUUCUGUUCAACAAAAUGAAAAGACUGAAGCCAAUUUUAAAGGAGUUAAAUAGGAACCUUUUUUCUGAUAUUUCUGUUAGGGUGGCUGCCAAGAGGGCUGAGCUGGAGUCUGUUCAACUUUCAAUCCUUUCUGGUUCUCUUCAAUUUGGGGUGGAAGAUGAGAAGAAGAUCCGUGUUGACCUUGUGGAUCUUGAAGUGGCUGAGCUUGAUUUUUAUAAGCAUAGAGCAAAGAUCCAUUGGCUGCAGGAGGGUGAUAUGAGUACUAAGUUUUUUCAUCAAAGGGUUGAAUCCAAAAAAAAGAGAAACACAAUCAGGGUUAUUAGGAGUGAAAAUGGGCAAUGUUUUGAAUCUUUUGAUGGUAUGGCUGCUGAAUUGGUGGAUUUCUACAGCAAAUUAAUUGGUGUUGUUGAUCCUAUGGUCCAAGAUUGCUCUCCUGAGUGCUUAAAGGAACUCUUAAGCUAUGCUCUGCCUGCUGGUGCUGAGAGGGUUCUGGUUGGAGAGGUCUCUGAUAAUGAAGUCAAGGAGGCCUUGUUUAGACAAGGCAAAGAUAAGAGCCCAGGACCUGAUGGAUUCACUUCCUGGUUCUUCAAGGUGGCUUGGGGGAUUGUUCACUCAGACUUCCUAAAUGUUGUGAGCCAGUCUGCUUUUGUCAAAGGUAGAAGCAUCACUGAUAAUACACUUUUAGCCCAAGAAAUUGUUAAAGGCUAUUCUAGGAUGAAUCUUUCCCCUAGAUGUGCUAUAAAAAUUGAUCUGCAGAAAGCAUUUGAUUCAAUUAGUUGGAAUUUUCUGCUGAAUGUUCUGAGAGCUAUGGGGCUUCCUGCUAGAUUCUGUGGGUGGAUUGAGACUUGUGUGACCACUCUUAGAUACUCAAUUGCUCUGAAUGACAGCCUAGUUGGGUAUUUUAAAGGUCCUAGGGGUGUUAGGCAAGGGGACCCUCUAUCCCCUUACCUAUUUGUAAUUGUUAUGAAUGUUCUCUCUAGACUGCUUGAUGUUGCUGCUAGGAAUGGAAUUUUUAGAUUCCAUCCAAGAUGUAAGAGGAUCUCCCUUACACAUAUAUGUUUUGGUGAUGAUCUACUGUUAUUCUGUCAUGGUUCUAUGGAUUCAGUUUUGGGAGUGACUAGUAUUUUAGAAAAGUUCUACCACCUAUCUGGGCUCAAUUUAAAUGCCUUGAAAAUUGAGCUUUAUGUCUGUGGGAUAAAUGGUGGUGAAUUAGAACAGAUUCAAGCAGCUACAGGGUUUAGGACUGGUCUUCUUCCUAUUAGAUAUUUGGGUGUUCCUUUAGUAACUCGGAAGCUCUCAAGGAAGGAUUAUGCUGCUCUAUUGGAGAGAAUUAAGGAUAAAUUGAGGCAACUUGUUUUGUCUAAGGGUGUGAUUCAUGAUAUAGAGAGGUUGUGCAUGAGAUUUUUUUGGAAGGGUAAUGACUUCCCUGCUCAUGGAGAAAGGGUCAGCUGGAACCAGAUUUGCUCCAUUAAAUCUGAAGGAGGCUUGGGGCUAAAGAGUUUGACUUGCUGGAAUAAAAUCUGUUGUUUUAUGCUUGUUAGAAAUAUCUUAGCUGGCGAGGGUUCCCUAUGGGUUGCAUGGAUAAAAGCGUACUGCUUUAAGCUUGAUGAUUACUGGAAUGUUGUCAAUAAGCCUCAUUUUAGCUGGAUACUCAGGAAGUUGAUCAAACUGCGUGAGGAAGUCAGAGGUUUAUUCCCUGCUUCAGGUAGUUGGUUGCAGAUUAAAGGGGACUGGAUCUGGAAUAGCAUUCGGGACAGGAAAAGCAAAGUUACUUGGCAUAGAGUCAUUUGGUUCCCUACUCACAUCCCUAAGUUUUCAUUGAUCACGUGGAUGGCCGUCCUGGAUCGUUUACCUACCAGGGAGAGGCUGUGUAGAUUUGCUGUGUUGACUGAUGCAAGCUGUGGUCUAUGUGGUACUGUCCUGGAAUCAAGAAGCCAUCUGUUCAUAGACUGUUCUUUCUCGAGGGAGGUUUGGAAUGUUUUACUGCAACUUUGUGGGUUGCGAAUGCAGUGGCUAAGUUGGGAUCAUUCACUUUGCUGGUUGGUCAGUAACCUGAAGGGUAAGUCCUUGCUGGUGCACAUUCUUAAACUUGCAUGGACUGGUUUUGUAUACUUCAUUUGGGAUGAACGUAAUCGCAGAUGUUUUAGAGGUAUGAUGCGUUCAGUAGAUACUAUUGUAAAUAUCAUUAAGGAGGCUGUUAGAAUCAAGUUGUAUAGACAUUAUAUAAAUAGGCUUGAUAGCGUAAAUAGGUAG